AUGGGUGUGAAGAUGGAAGUGAAGUGAAGGUUGUUUGUUGUAGUCUAGUUUCAGGAGCACUGCGACCACACUCAACCCACUGAAAGGUUCUAUUUCCUCUCAGAUUAACAAGUGAGUGGGCGGGGCCAUCAGACAAGCCAUGACAACAACAUUGAUGACAGUCAUCAUGAUGAUGGUCAUGAAGAGUAACGCUGCACAGGUUUUCAAUAAGUCAGUGCACAGAGGUGAGGCUGUGCAGCUGACCUCUGACCUUCAGGAGCUGGGUGUGGAGCGUAUUCAGGACAUCAGAUGGACUCACCUGCAUCUGUACCUCCACAACAACACACAGAAGACUGGUUGUGACGGACGCUGUGAGCUGCUGAAUGAUGGUACACUGAGCUUUAGUAGAGUCGAGAGCAUUGACGAAGGAAGCUACAUCCAGGAAGUGUUUGACAGAAAAGGAAAACGACUGAAGAAGACAGAGUUUAUACUGAGGGUGGAGACAGAUGGUAGCAGGGUUUGGGGUCGUGCCUCGUUCAGCUAUAUGUUCUUCCUUCUGCUUCCGCUCAUUGUCAUUGUCUACUUCAUCCUGAGGAGGAGGAGUCAGAGAACAGAGGCAGCAGGUUCAGGCCUGACACAAGAAAAUGUUUACAUUGAGAUGCAUAGUUACCAUGGCAACAAGAGAACAGAAGCGGUAGAGGAGCAGAAGAUGGAGGAAGUAAACCCUUCAACGCCAAUCACACAGCAGGUACCAGAGGAAGAAGACGUCUACAUCUGAUGACGAAUCAAAGCUCAUCACACAUUAAUGUUCUAUUUACUGACGUUCACGUUUCCAGUGAACAUGUGAACAUCAGGCACAAACAAGGACCAGAUCCAGGACUCACUGAAGCUGAGAGAGUACAGGCUGUGCUUCACCCAAAUAAUUAGAUUUUUCAGGGGCUCAACAUGAAAAGUCUAAAACUUUAUCACUAUCACAUCAUAAGUGAUAAUCGGCAUGAACGUGAUAAAAUUAGAGCUCCCUAGAAAAAUUAAGAAAUUGGAUGAGAGGUUUGAUCUACACCAGAUUUGGUCGACACAUACUGUAUAUUAAGCCAAGAUUGACAAAAAAAAAAGCCUCUCUGAGCCAUACCCCAACCCCAACAGGAAGUCCACUAAUUUGAUUUCAAUAUGCCAUUUUUACUCCAUUUCCAGCUAUUGUAUUUUAACAAGCUUCUCUACGAAUUUGACUAAAUAUUUGGUGUAAACUAAGACAUUAGCAAUGAAAAUGAAUCCUCAGCCACCAUUUAACAAUCAGGGCAGGCCUGUACCUGUACCCCUGACCAUGUACUGACCCCGGAAAACCUGAAAAAUGUUGGUCAACAUUGGUCAAUGUUGAUUUGAUCUUGAAAAUGAAGGUCAAGGUCGACGCCCCAAAGAACUCAUCCAAGAGCUUCCCAUGGUGCAUUUAAAUACCAAACAUGAAGAAGAUCGGACAAUUUGGUGCCGAGAAAUCACACUGACGGACAGACAGAUGGAUGGAUGUACAGAUAUCACAUGGUACGACAAUUCCCCUGCAGCUGAUGGUCAAGGGACAAAAACCUAGCACAAUGGUUUGUAUUAUAUUCAAUAGAGUAACAUAUAUUUAACAGUGAACAAGUUCUAUAUUUAACAACCUUGAGUCCAGCUGAAAUAACUGUUCCAUCCAUCCAUCCAUCUUCUACUGCGUAUCCGGGGCCGGGUCAUAGAGGCAACAGUCUAAGCAGGGAUGCCCAGACUUCCCUCUCCCCACACACCUCCUCUAGCUCCUCUGGGGGAUCCAGAGGCAUUCCCAGGCCAGCCAAGAGACACAGUCUCUCCAGCGUGUCUUUAGUCUUCCCUGAGGCAUCCUCAAGAUCCCAGAAUCAAGCAGUUGAAAUAAGUUUCCUCCGUAGGGUGGCUGGGCGCAUCCUUAGAGAUAGGGUGAGGAGCUCCAUCACCAGGGAGGAGCUCAGAGUAGAGACGCUGCUCCUCCACAUCCAGAAGAGCCAGCUGAGGUGGCUCGGGCAUCUGUUCUGCCACCUCCGCGGGGAGGUGUUCUGGGAAAGUCCCUGGGCCAGGAGGAGGCCAUAACUGUUCCUGUUGCUUGUAAUAAACACAACUUGCCAAA